AUGGUUGCCUACUUCGUUCAAUUCGCUGCCAUGAUCAUCGUGUGCAUCUCGUUUAACGGGAAGCCAGUGUUCGACGGUCGCUUCAUCACACUCAAUACGAUCGUGUCCAUUUUAUCGACCGGGUCCAAGCCCUCAAUGCUGACAGCAGUCGCGAGUUGUAUCAGUCAAGCCAACUGGUCUCUCUUCGCAGGCCCCCCUCGACGACUCUACGACUUUGAGAUGGUAGCUGAUGCAAGUCGUGGGCCUCUUGGGAGUCUUCAGCUGCUGUUGAGCUCCAAGCUCAAAGGAGGCGCGAUUGUACGCAUGGGUGCAAUCAUCACCGUAUUCGCCAUCAUCAUGGACCCUUUUGCACAGCAGCUCAUUCAACUUCACCAAACCAGGCGGUAUUUUCCCCCGGGCGGUCCCAAGGAGUCAGAUUCGUCAUCUGCACCAAAACUCUUGGGAAUUAUCUCGCCACCAGACCUGGUGAUGAAAGCAGCCCUGCUAUUCGGCCUGACCAGCGACAGGUCACACAUCUUGAAACAGGCAAGCUACAGCUGCCCGACAAGCCAAUGUGAGUACUCGGAUGUCACAUCAGCAGCCAUAUGCAGCACAUGCGCCAACGUGGAUUCUUCACUCAAAAGAACGCCAGAGGAACGAAGUACCAGCUAUAGAGGAUGGGUGGGUGAUUUUAUUGCGGUGGCACCUAAACUGGGCUCCUGGAAUGCCACGACAUUCGAACUGCCCAAUGGCCUAUAUAUGAAGGCCCAAGAUGACCUCCCAAAUAGCAUGCUGACAACCAUGACUAUAUCGGGAAAAUCGAAUGCAUCCAAGACGAUAACUACCAAAAAGAUGGACAGCUUGAUCUGGUCCCAGAGCAUCAUCAAAGUCGACAACAAAUCUGCAACGACUGGCUUAACGUGGCCACAGUGGAACGUUCACGCAACGGAAUGUGCACUCUCCUAUUGCGUCAACUACUCAUUCCUAGUACGCAACGGCACGUUAACAGAGUCAUCUAAGAUCAUGGUUGAGUAUAAGCGCGAUAAGUCGUGGUGGCAGCCGACAACGACGGCUAGUUCAUCUGGUCAGAAUUCGCCGCUGCCGGAUAACUUUCGUACAAGUCUAGCAUACCACCCAUCAUGUCCUUGCAUGAGCGUACAGAUCUCAAGCUAG